AUGGCGCCUCUGAGUCAACUGAGUGGCCACAUCAACUCCACCUGCGAGGCAGAAAACUCCACCAGCCUCAGCCGGACCCGCCCACAGGCCUACUACGCGCUCUCCUACUGUGUGCUAAUCCUAGCCAUCGUCUUCGGCAACGGCCUGGUGUGUGUGGCUGUGCUGCGGGAGCGGGCCCUGCAGACCACUACCAACUACCUGGUGGUGAGCCUGGCAGUCGCGGAUCUACUGGUGGCCACCCUGGUGAUGCCCUGGGUGGUAUACCUAGAGGUGACAGGCGGAGUGUGGAAUUUCAGCCGCGCUUGCUGCGAUGUGUUCGUCACCAUGGACGUUAUGAUGUGUACAGCCAGCAUCCUGAACCUCUGUGCUAUCAGCAUCGACAGGUACAUGGCGGUGGUGAUGCCGGUGCACUACCAGCAUGGCACAGGGCAGAGCUCCUGUCGGCGCGUGGCCUUCAUGAUUACAGCCGUCUGGGUGCUGGCCUUUGCUGUGUCUUGCCCUCUCCUCUUUGGCUUCAACACUACAGGGGACCCCCACGUCUGCUCCAUCUCCAACCCUGAUUUUGUCAUCUACUCUUCAGUAGUGUCCUUCUACCUGCCCUUUGGAGUGACUGUCCUCGUCUAUGCCAGGAUCUACGUGGUGUUGAGACAGAGGAGACGAAAGCGGUUCCUCACUCGGCAGAACAGUCAGUGCUUCAGUGUCAGGCCUGGUUUCCCCCAACAAGACCCUCUAUUGUCACACCCGCGGCCUCUCUCCCCUGGCCGGACACACAUGGAGCUGAAACGCUACUACAGCAUCUGCCAAGACACUGCCUUGAGACGACCAGGCUUCCAGGAAGGAGAGGGAGAGUUGAAAAGGGCCGGGAGGACUCGAAACUCCCUUAGCCCCACCUUGGCACCCAAGCUCAGUUUAGAAGUUCGAAAACUCAGUAAUGGCAGGUUGUCGACUUCGCUGAAGCUGGGGACCCUGCAACCUCGAGCCGUGCCACUGCGCGAAAAGAAGGCAACGCAGAUGCUGGCCAUUGUGCUCGGGGCCUUCAUUGUCUGCUGGCUGCCCUUCUUCUUGACCCACGUUCUCAACACCCAUUGCCAAGCAUGCCACGUGUCUCCAGAGCUCUACAGUGCUACAACAUGGUUGGGCUAUGUGAAUAGUGCCCUCAACCCCGUGAUCUAUACCACCUUUAACAUCGAGUUCCGCAAAGCCUUCCUCAAGAUCCUGUCUUGCUAA